AUGUCUAUUGAAAAAGGGUCUCCCACCUACCUUGUUAGUGACCCGGAGAAUGCCUCUGACGCCUCAUUAUUCAAGAACUCAACCGAAAGCUUCGAAGAUCCAGAAUCUGAAGUCGAAAAACUUGCCGAAAGCUUGGGUGUUAAUCAUUCCAAAUUGAUGAGAAAAAUUGAUCUAUGUGUUGUUCCUCCCUUCUGUCUUCUAUACUUCCUUUCGUUCUUGGAUAGAGUCAACAUUUCAAAUGCUAAGCUUUACGGUCUUGCGGAGGACCUUAACUUGACUGGUAACCAAUACAACAUUGCCUUGACUGUCUUCUUUGUUCCUUACGUUGUCUUUGAAGUUCUCGCCAACUACUGUAUCAAGUUCGUUAAGCCACACAUCUGGUUGAGUGUCUUGAUUUUGUCUUUCGGUGCUAUCUCUAUUGGCAUGGGUUUUGUGACAAACUUUGGCGGUCUUGUUGCCUGUCGUUUCUUGAUUGGUAUCACUGAAGCUUCGACUUUCCCAUCGAUCUUCUACUUACUUUCUACAUACUACUCUAAGCACGAAUCUCAGAGACGUUUCUCUGCUUUCUUCUCGUGCACUGCCCUCGCUGGUGCAGCAUCUGGCGCUAUUGCAUUCAAAAUCCACGACAUUGACGGUGUAAAGGGUUUGGCAUCUUGGCAAUGGAUCUUUGUUAUUGAGGGCAUUGCCACCUGUGGUUGUGCCUUGGUCCUAUUCUUUACCAUUGCUGAUUUCCCAGAAGAAUCAAGAUUCCUCAAGGAAAAUGAACGAAAGUUCUUGAAGAGAAAGUUGGAAAUAUUAAGUGGUACUUCAUCUGCUUACGAAAUUAAGAACACUUUCGCUGAUGUCGCAAAAUGUUUCAAGGACAUUUUGAUCUGGUUGCCAGCUCUUUCUUACUUCGGCUUGAUUAUUCCUUCUUACGGUUACGCUUUCUUUGCUGCAACUAUCAUUAAUCAGAUGGGUUACACUGCCGUGUCAGCCAACCAACACUCCGUCUACCCAUGGUUGUGUGCUUUUGGAUUAAUAAAUAUUACUGCAUUUGUCUCCGAUAGAUUUAAGAGAAGAUUACCUUUUGCUAUUGGAGCCUCCCUUUUGGCUAUUGUCGGAUUGGCCAUGGUUUUAGGCGCUACCGAGAACGCCAGAGUUAGAUAUGGUGGUUGUUUCUUAGCAGCCUCUGGUUUGUACACGGCCAUGCCAAUGGUUGUCUGUUGGGCUGCUUUGAACAACGGUUCCCAUAUCAGAAAGUCUGUAGGCACUGCUUGGCAAAUUGGUUUCGGUAACAUCGGUGGUAUCAUUGCUACCUUCAUCUUUUUGGCCAAGGACGCUCCAGUGUACAAGCCUGGUUUGAGUACAUGCAUUGCAGCUGUUUGCUUCUCAAUGCUCUGUACCUUUGCUUACUUCUUCGCUGUGAGAAGAUUGAACCAUGUUAAGCAGACCGAAUCAUACCAAACUAAGUUCGAGCAAUUGCCUGAAAGAGAACAAGUCAUCCUUGGUGACAGAAACCCAAGAUUUGUCUACUUGUAUUAA